UGCAUUGUUUUGUUGACAUGAGAGGUACUAGUGGAGGGAGGUGCUAGUGAGCUAGUGUGGGUUAGUGUGUGUCUCCUGAGCUCUCCUGACACUUAUUUUCCACUCCUUGUACAUCAACGUUAUACAACUAUGGCUGUGGAUAUAUUACACACUAGGAAUUUCUUCCUGCGGUGUAUGUGUGGGAUCUAUAUGUUUGCCUUCGGGUCUCUAUAUCUGCAGGUUCCGGGUUUGUAUGGAGAAAAGGGAAUUCUGCCUGCCCACACACAGCUGCCAAAUCUCAAAUACCCAAAGCAGUGUUUUUAUGAUAAACUAACUGUGCUGUGUUUCUCAUCUUAUGUUGGUCUGAAUGUCUCCUAUAUGAUGGAGCUGCUGACCCUUGUUGGAACUGUGCUUAGCUUUGUGGGGAUGGUGUGGAAGUCAUGGUGUACAGCAACCCUUUUCUUCUUGCUCUGGGGGGCCUACCUAUCUCUGUACCAGGUGGGACAGACUUUCUUAUGGUUCCAGUGGGAUAUACUGCUGCUGGAGAUUGGGUUUCUUACCAUCUUAGUAGCUCCAGUAAGCCGGCGUGCCUGGUCUGAGUAUCGCCCAAGGAAUCUAGUAACAAUGUGGUUGAUCCGCUGGGCACUCUUCAGACUCAUGUUUGCUUCUGGGGUUGUUAAGCUUCAAAGUAGCUGCCCAACUUGGUGGGGCUUGACAGCCUUACCUCUGCAUUAUGAAUCUCAGUGCAUCCCAACUGCACUGGCAUGGUUCAUGUACAAGCUUCCUUUGUGGUGGCACAAACUCUGUGUAGUUGCCACAUUCAUCAUUGAGAUUCCUGUGCCAUUUCUGUUUUUCAGCCCUGUGCGUUCACACAGGAUAUUCAGCUGUUACACUCAGAUUUUCUUGCAAAUUAUGAUCAUCUUUACUGGAAAUUAUAAUUUCUUCAACUUACUGACCAUCACACUGUGUUUGUCGUUGAUGGAUGAUAUGCACCUCUGCUAUCAGCACGUUAAAGAUCUCUCGUUUGGGUUUAUAUCAUACGUGAAGGGCACCUGCAGCUGGAUCGGCAAGUGGGUUGGCUUUGGAAUCUUAGCUUACUACACUAUGGCCUACUUCUCAUUGCGAGUCACACCACAAGGGACAAUUGAGUGUAGCAUAGCAUUUAAUCGAGAAGAGUUUGAUGCCUGGAUGUCCCGAGCUGUGCCCCUCAGUAUAGCUAUUGGAGCUUUUUCCCUAGUCAUUACAAUAGCAGAAGCUCUCACUUCUGCAUUGUUUGAAGUUCGUGGCUGCCUUGACAGGUUUGGCGUCUUCAGCACAACAUUUGUCUACUCACUUGCUGCCAUUAUCAUGUUUGGAAUCAGUUUGGUUCCAUAUUCGGUGUUAGAUAGGCCGACAAAUCAACGCGUCUGGCCUGUGUUUCAAAAUUUUUAUGAACACACUUCUGACUUGCAAUUAACCUCUGCCUAUGGACUCUUCCGUCGUAUGACUGGAGUUGGUGGAAGACCAGAAGUAAUAUUGGAGGGUGCCAACAGCCUUGAUGGGCCUUGGAUUGUGUAUGAAUUUCCUUACAAGCCAGGAGCCUUAGAUUCUGCACCCCCUUUAGUAGCUCCUCACCAGCCACGCGUGGAUUGGCAGUUGUGGUUUGCUGCUCUGGGAACAUAUAACCAGAACCCUUGGCUCAUCUCCUUGGCUUACCGCCUUCUUUCUGGCCAGCCUGAAGUAAUUUCUUUGUUGGAUCCUUCCUCAGCUUGGAGAGACUCCCCGCCAAAAUAUAUUAAAGCUUCUAAAUACUUGUAUCAUUUCACAGACACUAUUGAAGGCAGGGAAUCCGGAAUGUGGUGGAAACGUACACGAGAAGCCGACUACCUUCCCAUUUUCACCGUGGAUCAUGCACCACUUGUCGAAUACUUGCGCAAGAUUGGCACCAUUGGUACAAUGGAUAUACCAGCCACUAAUCAGCCUCUACAGCAAGGAUUAAAUACAUUAAGAAACUUUGUUGAUAAACUUGAACCAGCACUUGUUUUGUGGGGUUUGUUUAUAACAGCUUGUGCUAUCAUUUGGGCAAAAGGAAGCACAAAGCCUAUUGUAAUGUAUACUACUGGCACUUCAAGACAAAAAGGAGGAAGAUGUUGAGCAUUUUAUCCAUUUCAACAUAGUAGCAUAGCAAAAUAUGUAGGACAAUCUCCAAAAAUAUCAUCUUAUAAUGAAGGAAAACUUAUAUUUUUGUUUACAUUAGAUAUGUAGCAGAUUUAGUACUAGGAUCAUGGAUUUCGGUAUGGUUGAAGAUUCUCAGGUUUUGUUCAUUUUUAGUAUAGUUUUAUCCUUCCAUCUGUCUCUCAUUUAAAUAAUACUUGUGAUGAAACCAAUACUUACAGUUGUUUAGUAAUUGCUACAAGAAAAAUAGUAACUAGGUAAGUAAUUUUUGUUCAUAGUAAUUCUCUGUUCAUUAAUGAGGUACUAGCAGAUCAUUGGAAAUUUAUUCAUAUAUAGCAAACUUGCAAUAUGGUAUAUUUUUUCUCUCACCAAGAGGUGAAAAUGAAAGGGAAUAAAUGCCACUUGUCAAUACAUACGAUACACUUUCUUCUUCUUCUUUCAACACACAGGCCGUAUCCCACCGAGGCGGGGUGGCCCAAAAGGAAAAACGAAAGUUUCUCCUUUUACAUUUAGUAAUAUAUACAGGAGAAGGGGUUACUAGCCCCUUGCUCCCGGCAUUUUAGCAUGUAUAUAUAUGCUUGUACAUGUAUGUGUAGUGUGACCUAAGUGUAAGUAGAAGUAGCAAGAUGUACCUGAAAUUUUGCAUAUUUAUGAGACAGAAAAAGGGACACCAGCAAUCCUACCAUCAUGUAAAACAAUUACAGGCUUUCGUUUUACACUCACUUGGCAGAACGGUAGUACCUCCCUGGGCGGCUGCUGUCUACCAACCUACUACCUACAAUACAAUACACAUGAGUGAAUAAUAGCAAAGACAUUAAUGGAAUGUUCAGUGGCAAAGAGGUACAAAGUUAAUCAGUAAAUGCUGUGAAGUUUGGAAAUAUAGAAAUUACAGUUAUUGAAAGAAAGAGCUGCAUCAUUGAUUUUUAACACUGUUGUAUUUGUUGUACUGACUUGAGCCAGUCAACCUACUGCCUUGAAAAUAGAUCAAAAUAUCUUAAUCAACAUUGCUUGCAUUAUAUGUGUUGGAUUAUAUAUUGUAAGUUUCAUUAAGCUGACUAGUGAGAAUGAAAAGUCAGUUAUCCAUGAUGCGGGACAAUUUUAUGUAAUUCAAUAACCUUCAAAAAGGAGGUCAUUAAUUUUUUUUUUUUUUUCCAACAAGUCAGCCGUCUCCCACCGAGGCAGGGUGACCCAAAAAAGAAAGAAAAUCCCCAAAAAGAAAAUACUUUCAUCAUCAUUCAACACUUUCACCACACUCACACAUUAUCACUGUUUUUGCAGAGGUGCUCAGAAUACAACAGUUUAGAAGCAUAUACGUAUAAAGAUACACAACAUAUCCCUCCAAACUGCCAAUAUCCCAAACCCCUCCUUUAAAGUGCAGGCAUUGUACUUCCCAUUUCCAGGACUCGAGUCCGACUAUAUGAAAAUAACCGGUUUCCCUGAAUCCCUUCACUAAAUAUUACCCUGCUCACACUCCAACUGAUCGUCAGGUCCCAAGUAUCAUUCGUCUCCAUUCACUACUAUCUAACACGCUCAUGCACGCUUGCUGGAAGUCCAAGCCCCUCUCCCACAAAACCUCCUUUACCCCCUCUCUCCAACCCUUUCGAGGACGACCCCCUACCCCUCCUUCCUUCCCCUAUAGAUUUAUAUGCUUUCCAUGUCAUUCUACUUUGAUCCAUUCUCUCUAAAUGACCAAACCACCUCAACAACCCCUCUUCUGCCCUCUGACUAAUGCUUUUAUUAACUCCACACCUUCUCCUAAUUUCCACACUUCAAAUUUUCUGCGUAAUAUUUACACCACACAUUGCCCUUAAACAGGACAUCUCCACUGCCUCCAACCGUCUCCUCGCUGCUGCAUUUACCACCCAAGCUUCACAUCCAUAUAAGAGUGUUGGUACUACUAUACUUUCAUACAUUCCCUUCUUUGCCUCCAUAGAUAACAUUUUUUGACUCCACAUAUACCUCAAUGCACCACUCACCUUUUUUCCCUCAUCAAUUCUAUGAUUAACCUCAUCCUUCAUAAAUCCAUCCGCCGACACGUCAACUCCCAAGUAUCUGAAAACAUUCACUUCUUCCAUACUUCUCCUCCCCAAUUUGAUAUCCAAUUUUUCUUUAUCUAAAUCAUUUGAUACCCUCAUCACCUUACUCUUUUCUAUGUUCACUUUCAACUUUCUACCUUUGCACACAUUAUCAAACUCAUCCACUAACCUUUGCAAUUUUUCUUUAGAAUCUCCCAUAUGCACAGUAUCAUCAGCAAAAAGUAACUGUGUCAAUUCCCAUUUUGAAUUUGAUUCCCCAUAAUUUAAUCCCACCCCUCUCCCGAACACCCUAGCAUUUACUUCUUUUACAACCCCAUCUAUAAAUAUAUUAAACAACCAUGGUGACAUUACACAUCCCUGUCUAAGACCUACUUUUACUGGGAAGUAUUCUCCCUCUCUUCUACACACCCUAACCUGAGCCUCACUAUCCUCAUAAAAACUCUUUACAGCAUUUAAUAACUUACCACCUGUUCCAUAUACUUGCAACAUCUGCCACAUUGCUCCUCUAUCCACUCUAUCAUAUGCCUUUUCUAAAUCCAUAAAUGCAAUAAAAACUAAAUUUACAGUUGGAAAAUUUGUACUUUAAAAAGUAAAAUCAUAAGUUUUACAGCAGCUCUACACAUUGUUGUAUUUAGUUUAAUAUUAAAUUCCAAGUAUUACUAAAUUUAAAAAAAGAAAUUUUCAUUUUUCUUUUUAGGCCACCCAUCCUUGGUGGGAUAUGGCCUGUUUGCUGAAAAAAAAAAAAUCUGAGUAACCCGUACCAUCUAUGAAUAGCGUUAUGGUCAAAUAAAUCAAAAGCAUUGAUACUAAUAUACACCUCUGCCCUUCAUAUAGUUGAAUAUUCAUAUUUUUAUGCAGGAAAAAGCCAAAAUAAAAAGAAAAACAGAUUUCUAAAGGUACAUAUAGUGUGGCAGUGCUCUACUAAAAUCUUGUUAGUAGAUCCUCAUUGAUUAGAAACUUAUCGUCUUAGUAAAAUUAGAUUUAAAGGCCUAAGUCCUAGAUAGAGCAGUGUUUUAAUCAGCAAGUGGCUGCUGGAAUAAAAAGUGCACUAGGGGUAAAUAAAGUCUUAACAGUACACUACGUCAGUUUGCUCGAAAUCAAAACCAGUACGAGACUUCCACUUUCUCUGUUUGCUUGCACAUGAUGGUGUACAAAGGUCACUAGUUAUCCCAUCCCAAGAUUACAUAGGCUGCUUAUUUUUUUAUGAGAAUGAUAUUUACCAUAUAAGAAAUUAAUCCACAGGACAUAAAUCAUUGCUCACUAUAUCCCCUGAAGCCUCUGCAUUACACACUUUUUUUUUUUCAGUGUGUGGUUUUAUCUCUACCAGUAAGUAUCUUUAAGAAAUAUCUGUACAACAACUUUAUGCCUUCUUAAACUCUGACAUGUUUACUUUGUCUCCCCUUGUUUCUGGCAGUCUCACAUUGACUGCAGAAUCUACUUUUUUCUUAACAAUUGAUUGACUAAAAAUGAUACCUUCUUUUGUCCCAAUGCUUACCUUCAGCACUUCUACCUCUUCCCCUCUAUUGUCUAAGUCACUCCAUAAGUAAAAGUAUAAGUUUUACAGCAGCUCUACACGUUGUUGUAUUUAGUUUAAUAUUAAAUUUCCAAGUAUGAAUGACCCAGAAAGUUUCCGUAAGAAAUUCUGUGUACACUAAUAUAAUGAUCUGUUUACAGUGGACCCCCGCAUAACGAUAUUAUUUCAAUCCAGAAGUCUGUUUGGGUGCCGUUAUAGACCGAAUUUGUUCCCAUAAGAAAUAUUGUGAAUUAGAUUAGUCUAUUUCAGACCCCUAAAAAUACACCUACAAAAGCACUUACAAAAAUAAACUUACAUAAUUGGUCGAGUUGGGAGCUGAUCGUUAUCCGGGGGUCCACUGUACUACUUUUCAUCCUAUUCAUCAAAUAAACUUUUUUCCUGCAUUUAUUAUAUUAGGAUUUGACUAAAAUAUACAGAGAAUUUGGAGCGUAGAAAUUAGAAGACAGCAUGGGGUUACCAAAGGUAUAAUUCAGGGCUGAGUAGUGGGUAUUGAAGUGGUUUGGGUAUUCAGAGAGGAUGGAGAAGAAUACAAUGCCCAAUAUGAUGUAUUUAAUUUGGGAUGGAAGGAGGGAGAGGUAGGAGUUGUCCCAGGUAAGGUUGGAGGGAAGGGCUAGAAGAGGUUUUGAGUGGGGCUUCAGUGUCCGGCAGGCUAGCCCGAGUAUGUUAGAUUGGAGCAGAGACAAGUGGAUUUUAUGGUUUGAUGUGCUAUUGGGGUGUGAACAAGGUAACAUUUAUAAAGGGAUUUGGGGAAACUGGUUAGCUGGCCUCAAGUCCUGGAGGUGGGAAGUAAAGUGCCUAUACUCGAAAGGAGGUGUGGGGAUAUUGCAGUUCAGUGCGUCAUUGAAAUUCUGUUGUUUGUGCACUUCUGGCAAGACAGCUAUUGAGUGAAUGAUGGUGAAUGUGUUUCCUUUUUUUGGGGAGAGGACACCCUAUUUUGGUGAGAGACAGUAGGUGUGGUAAGAAUAAAAUUAGUUGUCAAAUUAAAGAAAAUACAGAUUUCCUGCUUCCAUUGAUUGUGGUCUCAACUUUAGACAAUCUAGGAAUUUUUUUCAUUACAGUCUGCUACACUAGUGUACAAAAAAUAGAUACAAAAAUUCAAAUGUUUAUUAUAAGAACUUACUGUAAGUCAAUUAUUUUAUUUCUUACUUUGACACAAUUGAGAUAGAGUAAUCACCGAAAAGUAUUUCUGCAGACAGUUUGCAGUUUGGAGGGAUAUGUUGUGUAUCUUUAUACAUAUAUGCUUCUAAACUGUUGUGUUCUGAGCGCCUCUGCAAAAACAGUGAUUAUGUGUGAGUGAGGUGAAAGUGUUGAAUGAUGAUGAAAGUAUUUUCUUUUUGGGGAUUUUCUUUCAUUUUUGGGUCACCCUGCCUCUGUGGGAGACGGCCGACUUGGUGGAAAAAAAAAAAAAAUGUUUGGAUCUGAUUUCUAUACCUUGUGGCGAUUUGUCUUAGUUCAGAUAAAAAUGUUUUCAAGAAUCUUAUACAGUAUCUUGAAAGGUUUGCUGCAAGUAAAAACUUUCCCAGACAUUGCUAAUGCUUAAAGACUUAACUGCUGACACAUUUGGCAAAGAAUUAUGCUGAUUUGGCUACUACUUUCUUUAACAGAAAAAGAAGAGAAGGGUGAGAAUUAAAAAAAAAAACUAGUAAUUUCCCUGUGCAAAUAAAAGUUAAACAAGUAUUGGGGAAAAAGUAUGAAAAGAUGAAGUAUCUGUAAGGUCAUAUAAUUAAAAAGGAAUAAGAAAAUGUUGAGAGAGUAGUGUUAAGGUUAAGUAAAUGGAACUUGGUGCCCUUAGUAAUGUUUCAAGAUAAAUCCAUUCACUUUUCCUUUAGGCAGUGCUUCCAAGGGCAAGGAAGACCAUCCAGUCAUUCAGGUCUGGAUUAAUGUAUAAGUCAUCUUGGCCCAGUUAACUGGGGGGCUCUACUAGCCACCCAAGUAAAUCGUUCCUAAAAUGUAUGUGGUACUGAUAAUGAGCUAAGAGUUAAAUACCUUUUAUUUUGGGUUUCUUAUAUAUUUAAGGUAGACUUUAUUAUUUUGUUCAUAAUCUUGUAUUUUGUAGAUCAGGAGAGAAACCACAAAUGUUACCUUAAUUUAAGAUUCCACAAAACUGUAAUUAAAUCCUUCAGUCAUUCAAUAAUUCACAUAGUUUCUAAAAAUAGAUAUGCAGUAAUGCACAAAGUAUUUAUUUGAAUCACAUUUUACAAAGGCCUGUUUUAAUGGAAUAUGCAAACAUAGUGUUCCUUCCAUGAUCAUCUUGUGUGUGUUUUGGUUUACAAUGUUAAUAAAUACUUUAUAUCAAGUAAAUUCAGCUGGCAGUAAUGUACCUAAUGUACUUCUUUGUAUUGUUAUCUUUGGUAGAAAUAGGAUCAAAAUGGUUGGGUGAAGAAAUAAUUUCUCAUGCAUGUCAGUAACUAGUGCUGUCCACUGAACCCAUUAUAUGCAAUUAAGUUGGGACUGUGACCCUCUUAGAUACAAAGACAUGCCACAAAUUUCACUAUUGUAGAUAUUUUUGCAUCACCCUAGAUUUUUAUACCAUAUAUAGAAUAGUCUUUAAACUUGUCUUCAAAUGUGGUGCUGUUCUUGUGAUAGAGCUUGAUACUGAACAUUAAGCACAAUAUUAUGUAUUAGUGGGCAUUUGGGGGCCCCAGGAGAAAAUGUACUUGGGAGCAUAUAUCAAAGGUAUGGGAAACUUCUGUGCAAGUGCAGAAGGUUCCCAUACCCUUGAUAUACCUUUGAUGAGUUUUGAGAAUUUUCCUAUUCAAAAUCAAGACCAUCCAUAAAAUCUUAAAAUAUGCUAAGUGGUCUGGGUGCAAUUAAAAGAGAGUAUUGUACGUAAUAGUGAAACGUAUUACUAUUAUCAAAAAUGCUGGUUACAUUCUAUGUGGUCAAAUAUAUUGGGCUUCACUACUACAAAAUUUGAGAGCAAUCUUUAACACUGGCAAAACUGUUAUAUGUGCACAAAUUUAUUGUGAAUUAAUUAUAUAAUUAAUGCCAUAACAUCAACACCUUUUUGCUCUUAUGUAAAUUUAGUAAUAUUUAAUACCAGAAAUUAAAUACCUUUUAAUCUGGUGUAUGAAAAAAAAAAUUUAUUUAACCCAAUCUUCAAGCUAGGAUACUUGAUUUGGUUAUGUCUUAUGCAGUUCCUUCAAUAACUACAACAUUAAGAUUUAGGAUAACAAGAAAUACAGUGCUCAGGUUCUCAAGCCCUAGAUCAAAGCAGCACAUGUUACCUUUCAACUAAGCUGAAUUGCCAUCACUUUAAUAUCUCUUAUAGUACAGUACUCUGAUAUGAAUUUUUAUUCUAAUCUACAUAAUGUAGGGCCACCCAUUAUUAUAUUAGCUUUGUAUGCAGUUAAUAAUUACUGUACUUACCAGAAGUGAAAUAAGAGUAUUAAAAUUUAGGUACAGUUCUAACAAAAAAAAAAAAUUAAUUCACACUUAAUGCAAUUUAACUUUGUGUAUAAAUUUUUAAAAGGC